GGGCGCGGGCGGGCGGGAACGGCGGCGGCGCUGAGGGGCGGCGGAGCAGCGGGAACGGCGGCGGAGCAGGGCUCAGCUCAGGAAUCAGAAAAAUGGCUACUACACAAUCUGUCUUCACAUUUGCUUUGUGCAUUUUAAUGAUAACUGAAUUAAUACUGGCUACAGAGAGCUAUUAUGAUAUCUUAGGAGUUCCAAAAAAUGCAUCUGACCGCCAGAUUAAGAAGGCAUUUCACAAGCUGGCCAUGAAAUACCACCCAGACAAAAAUAAGAGUCCUGGUGCAGAAGCGAAAUUUAGAGAAAUUGCUGAAGCAUAUGAAACAUUAUCAGAUGAGAAUAAGCGAAGAGAAUAUGAUCAGUUUGGCCAUCAUGGAGGACAGCGAAGUAAUGGAAGCCCAUUUCAUCAGUCGUUUAAUUUCAACUUCGAUGAUCUGUUUAAGGACUUUGACUUAUUUAGUCAAAACUCACGGUCAAAAAAGCACUUUGAAAAUCACUUCCGAAGUCAUCGGGAAGGUCAUAAUCGGCAAAGACGUUCUUUCCAAGAGUUUUCUUUUGGAGGUGGACUGUUUGAUGAUGUGUUUGAAAAUAUGGAAAAAAUGUUUUCAUUCAGUGACUUUGAAAAUGCACACAGGCACGCGGUGCGAACUGAUGCCAGGUUUCAUGGAUCCAGCAAGCACUGUAGGACUGUCACUCAGAGACGAGGAAACAUGGUUACCACAUACACUGACUGUUCUGGACAAUAAUGUUUCCUUCCUUCUAAACUUUUCUCCUUUUCUCAACAUCUUCAUAGUUUUUCUUGGUUUCUGCUAACAUGGAAGAAAUUCUCUGAACUGUAUUUUCUAUAAAACAAACUACUAUAAAGAAGUUGUAGAUGAAACUAAUUUUCAGAAUAGAAGCAACAUGCUGUUGGGAAGUAAAUGUAUCAACAGCUACUUACAAUGGGAGAGAAAUAAUCUUGUGUGAUAGAAAAAAUUAUAUCUAUUUCAGUUUAGUAAACACUUCCCCUAAAUUUGGACACGAGACAUAUAUUUUUCAUUUCAGAAAUGUAAUUUUUUUGUAUAUGCCAGUUCAGGACUGAUAGAAUGACUGGUGUGUGAAUUGAAGCAGAGGAGAUAAACUAUAAUUUUGAAGUGCUGCUUUUUUUUUUAAUAAUUGUAUCUUUCCAAGUUUGCACUUGUAGUUUUUACCUGAUAUAGAUUUACUGUGCAAAUUAGACAAUUUACACAGAAUAGCAGCAGAAAUACGGCUUCCCUGGGUCUUUGUUUCUCUAUCUAGCAUUGCAAAUAUAUUAGUUAAAACCCUACUUUUUGAAGUUGGAAAAUAUUAAGAGGGAAUAUGUUAAGGUUGUGAAUGAUGUAGGAAUUAGUUUUAUUUCUGAAUAGCCUUUCAUUGACCUGAAAAGAUCUUAGGAUUUAAAUGAACCUUAACUUAUUUAAGGGAUAUAGCGAUAUUCAUGUAUGUAAGUUUUGUGUGCACACAAAAUUUGUUUUGGGGUUUUUUCUCCUUCCCACAAUACAAAUAUCUUUCUAACAAGGUUUGGAAGAGCACACUCGAAACACUCUUGUUUUAUACUUAYUAUAUUACCACGUGUGCAAUAUACUUGUCAUAACUCACUUAAUUGAACUAAAAUACCCCUCUGAGCUCUUGUAAACUUCAGUAAGAUAAGCUUCCCUACAGAUUUGUGGUGUCCCUGAAAGGGUCUGAGUAAAAGAUACAGUGUUUAUAUUGACAGAUUUAUUACCUGUCAGCAGGAAUUUUUCAGCAUUGUGAUUUGAAAGGUAAAUUCUUAGCCUAACCACAGAGUAAAACUGAAAAUUAAGAUCUUUGUAUUCAUCCAAUGCCUUGUGGGGCUGGAAACUGCUAAUAAGGACAGGACUAAUGGGUAUUGAUUUUAGCAUCAGGAAACCCAUGACCAGUGUAAACUAUUUAAAAUUUAAGAAGAAAAAUGCAAAAAAAAAAAAAAAAACCC